AUGGGCGACGAGAAGUUUGACUAUCAGGCCGUCCCCAUCCCCUCUUAUGCAGAAGCCACCGGCCAACCCUCCUCCUCCCGAUCCGACCUGGGCGACGGAACCGAUGUCGAACGACAAGGGCUGCUCAGUCGCGAUCAUGCUGACAGCCGCGGGUACCACCCACCAACCGUGGAGUCGGCGCGCACCAGUCUCGAUGACUUGGAAUCGUCCGCAUCACACUCCGACCGAGAAUCGGUAGAGGAACUGCGACGCGAACUAGAUCAGAUGGACGUGGACGAUUCGGCAACCUUGACCAGCAGACGCACCCCUCUUCGACAUCGGUUUUCCAAGCAAUUAUCAAGCCUCAGCCGGACGCUUUCCGCUAUACAACGGCCCUUCCAGCGAUAUAUGCCCCGCUUCCGCUUUACGAUUAAUCUUAGCGAAACGAGGGCACAAUUCAAAGAUCAGGGGUGCAUCUUGCUUCUGCGAGUGUUUGCUCUCCUACUGGUGGUCACCCUAGUGUAUGUGUUCUUUAUCGCAGAUGUCUUCAACAUCAACAGUCGCAUGGCUAUGGGUCAGUCCUAUAGCUCCGCAUCCGUCGAGAACUUCAUCCAGGGUCAUAUCAACGAGACAAACAUCGCCGAAAACCUGCGACGAGUCACCAAUUAUACCCAUGUUGCUGGUACCGAAGGCAGCUUUGCGCUGUCACAAUGGAUUGAACAGGAAUUCCGGAACGCAGGAUUCGACGAAGUCUCGCGGGAGGAAUUCCAGGUCUAUCUUAACUAUCCACGCAAGGAUGGCAGGAGAGUGGCAAUCAUCGAUCCACCCAGUCUAGCUUGGGAGGCGAAACUCGAAGAAGACAACGCACAAGAUUUGAUCUUUCAUGGACACUCGAAGUCUGGCAAUGUUACUGGCCAUCUGGUAUAUGCUAAUUUCGGUUCUCGGGAAGACUUCAAGCUGCUUGCAGAUAAAGGCAUUUCACUCAAUGGCUCAGUUGCCUUGGUCCGUUACUAUGGGACCGAAACCGAUCGUGCUUUGAAAAUCAAGGCUGCGGAAUUGGCCGGCGCUGCUGGCUGUAUCAUCUAUUCCGACCCCGCGCAGGAUGGGCUUGUUCAGGGCCCAGCCUGGCCCGAAGGGCGGUACAUGCCAAGUGAUGGCGUGCAAAGGGGCGGGGUCAGUAUGAUGUCCCAAGUAGUUGGCGAUGUUCUUAGUCCUGGAUGGGCAUCCACCCCGGGAGAAGCCCGCCGUCUCACUCCCGAGGAGAGUCCAGGUUUACCUAAGAUUCCCAGUCUUCCACUCGCUUGGCGCGAUGCACAACCACUCUUGCAGGCCCUAAACGGCCACGGCUCCAAAGUGCCAAAGGAAUGGGUGGGUGGGGUCCCCGAAGUCAAAGAGUGGUGGACCGGUGACGGUGAUUCCCCGAUCGUUCAUCUGAUGAACCUGCAGGAUGAAGUAGAGAGACAACCUAUCUACAACAUCCACGGCAGAAUCCUCGGAAUGGAAGAGCGUGAUAAAAAGAUCAUCGUUGGCAACCACCGAGAUUCGUGGUGCAUGGGAAGCGUCGACCCUGGAAGUGGCACGGCUGCUUUCCUCGAGAUUGUACGAGCCUUUGGCGAGUUACUGACCUACGGGUGGCGGCCACUUCGCACCAUCGAAUUUGUGAGCUGGGAUGGAGAAGAAUAUAAUCUGAUCGGUUCAACAGAACACGUCGAGAAGGAGAUAGAUGAUCUCCGCGCGCAUGCGUUCGCCUAUCUGAAUGUCGACGUCGGUGUAGCCGGGCCCGAUUUCCGUGUUUCGGCAUCGCCCGUUUUUGAGCGUACCGUGCUCCAGGUUUUGAGUCGUAUCUCAGACCCCUAUGCGAAUGCCACAUUGAAAGAUCUUUGGGAUAAAAAGGGCUCGAAAAUUGCUCCACUCGGUGCUGGAAGCGAUUAUGUUGCAUUCCAGGACAUUGCUGGCACCUCGAGCAUCGACUUUGGAUUUGAGGGUGAGCCCUAUCCAUACCACAGUUGUUAUGAAACAUACGAAUGGAUGGUCGAUUUUGUCGACCCUCAUUUCCAAUAUCACAAAAUUCUGGCUCAGUUCUGGGGUCUCCUUCUUCUUGAUCUUUCGGAGAAUUCCAUGCUGCCAUUUGACAUGGAAGCCUACGGCGACGCCAUUAGUGGAUGGGUUAAGGACUUGGAUGAAUUCGCCAAAUCAAAGAAUGCUAAGGUGGAUAUGCAACCCAUGUUCAAAGCCGCGGCUGAAGUGAAAGCCAAUACUGUUCAAUUUGAGAGCUGGAACAAAAUCUGGCACGAUACUGUGUGGGGCAUGGGUGGAUAUGAGAGCAACAUCAUGGCUGUUCAGCGGGUAAACCACAACGCUCGGAUGGCUGCUUUUGAGACCAAUCUACUUGACUUGGAAGAAGGCGGGGGUAUUCCCAACCGUACGCAAUUCCGACACGUUAUCUUUGGCCCAGAGCUGUGGUCUGGAUACGAUGCCUCGCUCUUCCCUGCUAUUCGCGACAGCAUCAAUACGGGGAAUUGGACCUUGACUCAAUAUUGGAUCGACCGGGUCGCCAAUACCAUUCACCACGCCAGCGAUAAGCUGCUCCAUUAA